ACCAGGAGGAGGAGGGGCAGACGGGGCCAGCGCCGUCCGUGCCCGCAGACCGCGCUCGCCGCGACUCCCCGAGUCCGGACCGGCAGGAGGAGGAGCGGGAACCCCGUCCGCCCGUCCGUCCGCGGCGGCGGCGGCGGCGAUGAUGCAGCUGUGCGAGUCGUCCAAGCAGAAGCACUCGCUGUUCCACGCCAUGAACCGCUUCAUCGGCGCCGUGAACACCAUGGACCAGACGGUGAUGGUGCCCAGCCUGCUGCGGGACGUGCCGCUGCCGCAGGCCGAGCGGGCCCCCGGGGCCGGCGGGGGAACCCCGGGGCCGGGGACGGACGGCGGGGCCGGGGGCUUCUUCGGCCCCAGCCGGGACAUGUACGGCCACUACGUGCUGCUCAAGUCCAUCCGCCACGACAUCGAGUGGGGGGUCCUGCAGCCCCCGGCCCCGCCCGACGAGGCCCGCCGGGGCAAGGACCGGCCCACGGCCGACGGGGACGGGGCCGCCGGCGGAGCCCCGGGGCCCGAGGAGGACCUGGAGCAGCAGUUCCACUACCACCUAAGGGGCCUCCACACCGUCCUCGCCCAGCUCACCCGCAAGGCCAACGUCCUCACCAACAGGUACAAGGAGGAGAUCGGCUUCGGGAGCUGGGGAAACUGAGGCCAGGGCCCGCCGGGAAGGACGGGGCUUGCCAACGGGGGCGGCCGCCCUGCGCGCGGCGCUAAGCCGAAGAAAGGGCCGCCCGGUCGCAGCGGACCCUCCGAGGCGCUCAGCACGGCGCUCCGCCCCCGGGAAGCGCUCAGUAAGCGCCCGACGAACCUCCCGGUGCAAAGGCGGGGCCGCAGGAGGUUGCAUCGGUGUUGCACUCUUAUUUUUUAUUAUUAUUAUCACGAUGAUUACAUGUCACAACAGCGGGAAACGGCAAGCGGGGGACCCCGCACCCGCGCAAAAAAGAGCGAUGGCUGAUGGCGGGGCCCGUGCGGGCCUUCUCCGUCAACGCCCCUCCGUCUUCUGCUACGCGGCUCCCCUCCCUCGGCCCCACCCCCUCCGGGGGCGGAAUGUGGGCCGAGAAGCCAACGAAAAUAAUAAUAAAAUUGCAACGAUUCAAAUAGACUCACCGCUCCCCCGAUGGAACCACCUGACGGUUCUGGUUUUGCUCCUCGCCAGAACGAUGAAGGGUUCCAGGGUUGUAUAGGUAUACCUUUAUUUAAGACUUGUUUUUGUUUUUAUCCAGAUGUAGAGUUCUAUUCUAAAAAAGAAAACCCCAGUAAUAAAUAUGCAAAUGUAUUAACUCA